AGAGGGCCCUCUAGUUCCAGCUUGUCCAUUGGUAAGCGAGGUUUAGUGUUUGAAAAACUUUUAUUGCGUUCAGAUCGAUCGACAACAAAACAAUGACAACUAUCAUCAUCGAUGCCGGCCAAAAAAUGAAGGACAGGCCCUGAGCCCUGAUUGACUACGGACAUUAAGACGGCCCAAUUGGAAAGCGAUUGGUGUGUACGACGAAACAACUACAGAUAGAUGGAUGGAUCGAGGUGGCCGGCCACGAAGCAUCGCGUCGACCCUCAGUGCUAAGUCCGGGUUGGGUGUUGUGCAUGUGACCAUUGUUGCCCCACCCCCACCCCACGUUCCGAAUCAUGCGUUGGCCCGGCCUUCAUCGGCCCACUCCAUGGCAACUGUGGGUGGGUACGUCCGGUUUACUCCUGAGCGGGGCGUGUAGCUACGCCCUCUACGAACUGGUCACCAUUGAAAAGUCCCGUUAUCACACGUGGCGGUCCUUGGUCCACCACUAUGUCAGCAACAAGUUGAUGGCGGUCUUGGGCUACAUCAGUUACCGGGACCUUUACCGAGACUCGUUGAACGUGCGAGCCGCUCAAUCCGAAUUCCUCUUGGGCGUGCUCCGGGACAAUCAGCACACGCCUUAUGGCCGCGAUCAUCAUUUCGAGGACCUGUUGGAGCGGGUGGAGCCGUUCCGCUUGCGUCAUCCGCUCACCCGUAUCUCGCACUAUCAAACCUAUAUCGAUCGCAUCGUGGAGCACGACGAACGGGCCAUCAUGACGGCCGAUCCGGCUUAUAUGUUGGCCAUCACAUCAGGCACGAGUGGCCAGUGUUCGCUCAUCCCCACCAAUUCCAAAAUACCCACCACCUUCUUUUUCCGAGGUAUUGCCACCAUGUUUUAUAGUGUCUAUCAAAUGUUGGAUAUGCCUUUCCACAUUACCCAAGCAGACCUGCCUAUGCUUAAAAUCAACCAUCAGAAGAGUAUGAAGUUCAUGUUUCCCGCCAAGAAGCGAGCCACGCCCCAGGGAUUACGGAUUGGACCCAAUUCUUCCAAUCCCGAAGAUUCCCAAAAGCUGAGCUAUCUGUACGUGACUCCUCAUGAAGCGUACGGCAUCCGAAACGAGGCGAAUUUAAUGUACGUUCACUUGCUCUUUGGCCUUCGUGAUCCGGAUUUGGGGAUGAUCGAGGCGAACUUUGCCAAUCUCUUGAUGGGAGCCUUGAAUUUCAUGUCCACUCAUUGGAAGCAUCUCGUGGAAGACAUCCGGAAUGGAACGCUCACACCGCCCUUCCCGGCCGAAAUCGACCCGGAUAUCCGAUCUCAAUUGGAAUCGAACCUUGUACCCGACCCGGAUCGUGCCGAGUUCCUGGACAAGAAAUCCCGAUACGGAUUCAGCGAUAUCGUGAUUCAGAUCUGGCCGCGUCUUCACACCAUUGUGACCACAACAUCCGGUUCCAUGGAACCUUAUCGGGCGAAACUGCGUCAGAGCUUCGUUCAAUUUGGAUGUAUCUACUCGCCGAUUUAUGGCGCCACUGAAGGGCUCUUGGGUGUGAACACCACGCCCAAUACAAACCCCUAUCGAGAUGAUGUCCCCAACUACACCCUGAUGCCUCGAGCCCAAUUCUUUGAAUUCAUUCCCGUGGACCAAAGUCACAUGGAACAACCCACAACACUUCUUCUUCACGAACUCAAAAGCGGCCAAGAAUACGAAGUGGUGAUCACGAAUAACUCCGGUUUGUAUCGAUAUCGUCUCGGAGACGUGGUCAAAGUUCAUGGUUAUAUGAACGAGAUUCCCAAAGUCGAAUUCUGUUAUCGCGUCUCGCAAAUUCUCAAUCUUCGGGGCGAAAAAGUGACCGAACCAUUCAUGGAUCAGGCCAUCCGGAAAUUGUUCAACAAGAUCGAGGAUCAUCCGGCCCUUCACGAGUACACGUGCGUGGAGUCUCCGUUGAUGAAAGAUGUCGAAGGUUCAAGUCAGGCCCCGCAUUACGUGAUCUUUGUGGAGUGCAAGCCGUGCGAUAAUCACAGUCCCAAACCCGAGGUUCUCAGUAAGUGCCUGGAGGAUUGGUUCGCCGAGAACCAUGGUGUGUACAAGUCGUUCAAGACCAAAGGCAGCAUCGGACCCAUUGAGGUCAAGAUCUUGAAGGAAGGCACCUUUCGCCAGUUGGAGAUAGUCAUGAAGGAGGAGACGGGCGGUGUGACUCAAUUCAAGAUCCCGAGAGUGGUCUCGUCUCCAGAUAGACUCAAAUGGUUCAUGGGGAAACUCCAAUGAACAAGAAUGA